AUGCCAUCCGCUUCGACUGCAAAUAUACAAUAUGCCGACGAAGUCGUGCGAGGAGGAUAUGGAAAGAUAUUCGAGGGCCAUACAGUCUUCCUCACUGGAGGUACUGGGUGCUUAGGAGGUUGUCUCCUGUACAAGCUAGCUUUACAACUGCCAACUCGAAAAAUUUUCGCCCUGGUUCGAGGGAACUCCCAGCGGGCUAUUGGAAAAUUGAGAAAAUCGAUGCCAAAUCAUGCGGAGGCAAUUUUAGCCACAAAGAAAGUCGAAUUUGUGAUUGGCGAUAUGAAAUUAGUGAACUUUGACAUUGAACCUGAUGUCCUUGGCCAACUUCAAGAUCAAGUGACGCUGGCUAUUCAUGCAGCAGCCAAGAUCAAGCUUGAAGGUCCCAUUCGCGAUGCACUGGAAAGCAACUGCCUCCCUGUGCUGGAAAUGGCACGGAUUGCCUCUGAAUUCCGGCGACUGAAACUCUUUAUCCAAAUCUCUACAUCAUACGUCAAUAGUCAUCUUCCCGAUGGCCCAGUUCUGGAGCGGAUAUAUCAAUUGGGAGGCGAAGAAGAUCCAGAGGUUGAGCUGGCAUCCAUAUUGACGCUUGGCACAUCACCACACGCGGGCAAAUUCUCGUCGACCUACACCCAAGCCAAGCAUCUCAUGGAACGUCUACUACUCAGCCGCUUCCCUCUUCUUCCAAUUCUACUGCUGCGGCCAACAAUCUUCGGUCCUGCGUUUAGACACCCCUACCCGCUAUACGGAUCGGAGGACUCCACGCCUCUCACCAAGUUUACUAGGCUCUGGUUCUCCGAUCGGGGUACCACACAAGUUUGGCAUGCCACCGAAGGCUAUAAAACAGGUACCAAUAUCCUGGAUGAGAUCCCCGUGGACCUUGUAGCAAAUGCAUGUUUAUUGCACGCAGCAGCACGGACUACGGGCAUUGUCCAGGUUGGUUCACAGCUCUAUCACCCUAUUACUUUUGAUGAGGUCUUCCGACUGGGCUUUGAGAAUGCCACGCCUGCAGUCCAGCGAGAGUUCCCGAAGAUCAUAUUCACUCAAGACCGCACUACACGGCAGUGCUUACUUGCUGAGUUGAUUCAAGUAGGAACUCGUAACUGGUUGUUCGAUUGCGGGCGGUCUUACUGGCUCAAGCAAGUGAGUGGGCCAUUGAGCAUGCAGGUGUGCAAGCAUGAGGCAGAUGCUCUAAAUUUGGUACGGACUCACGACGUCCUCGGGACUGGAAAGGAGAAAGCUCGGAUUUGA